AUGAACCCUCUCGGCGACAACGUUACUUACAGGGCAAAACAUCCGAGCAGGCUCCGAUGUAGGAAUGCUAGGCUGGGGUAUGGUUGGAAUGGAGACCCGGCAACGAAAAACAAAAGCCCGGGCCGGGAGUGGAAAACCGAGUUGGGAUCUGACGACUCGAAAGGCGGGUCUCCACUGCAGUCAACCGCUCGAAUGAUCAGCAGUCGUUCGCGAUUGUCGUCGCCAAUCAAAGCCGACAUCGCUAGAGACAGGAAGAAAGAAAUGAAAACCAGGCUGUCUUGUCUGUCUGUCUGUCUGGCUGUCUCUGUCUGUGCCGUCUCUGCGGGCUUCUCCGUAAGUACUUACGUACCGCACUACAUCCUGAUUGAUCCUGAUGCAUCCCACCAUUUCGGGAAACCUAAGCAUCAACUUGGAGGGGAACGAACAAGAACAUUCGAAAGGAAAAAGCAAGUUACGUAUGUAGGUGGAACCUUCCAAGUGCUGGCUAAACCCUACGGGUUUUCUACAACAUUGGCGGGGAAUGCCGACCAGGGUUGUUCUGCGAAUAGCACUCCAAUCAAACCCAUGCUUAGAGCCAUGCCUCGUGCCCCUUGUAGGACUGUGCUCUUGGAGGGGAGGGGCGACGGUACACUCUCCGGCUGGUGGACAGGCAGAAACCUAUCAUGGAGCUACGGGCGCGCAGCUGAGCGACUCAGCUUCGCAACACUACUGACCACCUAUGCCACACUUAUCGGUGACCUCGCGUGCGUGCGCGAUACACAUUCCAAUGCUCCCCAGAUUUAA